CCAAAAAGGGGGGCUUUAUGUCUGGCCAUUGCAUGGAUCUUUUUUUGAAACACACCAUUCCCCACCAGUGACAGAGCAUAGGCUAUGGAAUAAGGGGGACAGGUCUUUGUUAGGGAAGCAAGCCUCUGAGUGGAAGGCUCUUAUGCGCGCUCAGCUCCACUGGGCAAAUGGCAGGGGCGCCUAUGAGAAAGCAGGGGUGUGUCCACGGCCGGCGAAUUAGCUUAGCUUCGUCUUCAUAAGAGGGAAAGGGCUCUCCACCCCCUCAUUCGUUUGUGAGAAGCAACGAGACAUCAGCAUCAUGCCCGAGCCAGCAAAGUCCGCGCCCAAGAAGGGCUCCAAGAAAGCCGUCACCAAGACCGCAGGGAAAGGCGGCAAGAAGCGCCGAAAGUCUAGGAAGGAGAGCUACGCCAUUUACGUGUACAAAGUCCUGAAGCAGGUCCACCCCGAUACCGGCAUCUCCUCCAAGGCCAUGGGAAUCAUGAACUCGUUCGUGAACGACAUCUUGUCUCGCCUGGCCCACUACAACAAGCGUUCCACCAUCACCUCCAGGGAGAUCCAGAGCGCAGUGUGCCUGCUCCCCGGAGAGCUGGCCAAGCACGCAGUGUCCGAGGGCACCAAGGCCGUGACAAAGUACACCAGCUCCAAGUAAACAGCGCAUUUGGAGUGCUGUAGUAACCCAAAGGCUCUUUUAAGAGCCACCCA